AUGACAAAUAAAAUCAAAACUUUAGAAGAUGUUUUGAAAGCCUUCAAGUUGUCUAACGAUAUACUUAUGAAAAUUUCUGCACUUUUAUUAGAGGAAUUCGAAAAAGGCCUCGACCCCGACAGAAAUAGCCUUUCAUGUGUAAAAAUGUACCCUACUUUUGUAAGAGACGUGCCAAACGGCACUGAAGAAGGAAGAUUCCUUGCUUUGGAUUUAGGUGGAAGUAACUUUCGUGUUUUGUGUAUUAAUCUACAUGGUAAACUUUAUUACAUGACGAGUAAAAUUUAUGAAAUCCCACAGUCUGUCAUGAAUGGUUCUGGUGAAGCACUGUUUGACCAUAUUGCGAAAUGCUUAGAAGAUCAUUUGGAGUAUCUUGGUUUGCAUAAACAAGUUUUACCACUCGGUUUCACAUUUAGCUUCCCAUGUAUCCAAAAAGGGUUGACGAAUGCUGUACUUGUAAGCUGGACUAAAGGGUUCACCUGUUCUGCAGUUGUUGGUAAAGAUGUGGUUCAGAUGUUGAGAGAUGCCCUCAUACGUAGAGGUAAUGAAAGCGUUGACGUAAUAGCAGUGGUGAACGAUACCACCGGUACAUUAAUGUCUUGCGCUCAUAUGAAUAGUGAAUGUCGCAUUGGUGUAAUCAUUGGUACAGGAUGCAAUGCCUGUUACAUGGAGAAACUGGAAAAUGUUGGAACAUGGAAUGAAGACCGUGAUGACCCACAACAAGUCAUCAUCAAUACCGAAUGGGGUGCUUUUGGCGAUAAUAAAUGUUUAGAAUUCAUAAGAACUGUCAUCGAUAGAGAUAUUGACGAGAAUUCUCUGAAUAAAGGAAAACAAUUAUUCGAGAAAAUGAUUUCUGGCAUGUACAUGGGGGAGAUAGUUCGCAGAAUCGUGUGCCAAUUGGCGAGUGAAGGACAAAUCUUCAAAGGCAAACUCCCUGAGAAGUUUAACACACCAUAUGCGUUUAAAUCAAAAUAUGUAUCUUACAUUGAAAGUGACUGUAGUGGCAAAAGUGAUGAAAUUAAAAAGGUUCUUCAAAAGAUGGAGGUUGAAAACGCAACUGAAAAAGACUAUAGGAUUCUGAGAGAUGUUUGUAAGUGCGUGUCGACCAGAUCAGCAUAUUUAGUGGCAGCCGGAGUUGCUACAUUAUUGAACAAAAUGAAACGAGAUUACACGGUGGUUGGAGUGGAUGGCUCCGUUUACCGAUUUCACCCAUAUUUUAAAGACCUCAUGGAAAUGAAAAUACGCGAACUCACAGAUUCGAAAUAUAAAUUUGAUCUAAUGCUUUCUGAAGAUGGAAGUGGUAGAGGCGCAGCUCUGGUAGCUGCUGUGGCUGCAAGAACAAGUAAAUGA